GUCUUAUUUGAUUAAUUUUGUGGGCGAAGUCGACCGCCAUAGGAGCCGCGCAGUAUUAGAAAUAUUAUCCUAAAGUUGAUUAUUUAAAAUAUAUUUUAUCCUCAAGCACUUUUGUUCAACAGUCUCAUCAUGUCUACUGAAGGAAAUGAAGCUGGAUCCCCUCCCACUAGGCAACCAAAUCCUCAACAGACAGCUGCGUCCAAGAGGCUGCAACAAACACAAGCCCAAGUGGAUGAGGUUGUGGAUAUCAUGCGUACAAAUGUGGAAAAAGUCUUAGAAAGAGAUCAGAAAUUAUCGGAGCUCGAUGAUCGUGCAGAUGCCUUGCAGCAAGGUGCAUCACAGUUUGAACAACAAGCUGGUAAACUUAAAAGAAAAUUUUGGUGGAAAAAUUGUAAAAUGUGGGCAAUCAUAAUUGCUGUAAUUGUUGUUAUAAUUAUUAUUAUUGUUGUUUCUAGUGUGAGUUAGAGAGAAUGUUUUCUCAUAUCAAUGCAAAUUCAAAUACAAGAGAAAGGAAUGAUGGCAGAGGAAUUGCAUGAAUUUAUGACAUACUUUUCUGUUAUCGAAAUUUCUGUUUGCUUAAUCAUAAUUGAAAGAACUGAAUUAAAUUUGCAUCUGUAGUUAUUAUGUUUUUAUUAUUGCUUAAAAGUGGUUUAAAAUAUUGCUUUAAGUAGAAAAUGGUAAAAUUUUCCUGCAUGUUUUUUAAUUUUUACCUUUAUGAUUUUUAAAAAAGUGCAUUUUUUAAAUGAUUGUGCAUGUACAAAUCUACAAUACAAUGAUUUUUCUUUUUAUACUCCAUGCUUCUCCCAGGUGUACUAAAAUGUGCAUUAAUUUAUCAUACAUAAGUCAGAAUCUGGAAAAAACCUUUUUUGUAGCAUUUCAUUUUAACCUUAAUAAGUUGUCAUUGAAAAAUAAAUACAUGCUAAACAGUUUUCUUCCCUGUGUUUUAUAAUAUUUGUGUAUUCUAUUGAAGAAACUUGUGAUUUCACUUUUUAUAAAUGAGGCAGUGAGAAGCAAAGGGAUGUAAGUGAUAAAAUUAAAAGUUUGGAGAUAACCAGUGCAAAUAAUAGGAGACCCUCUCCUCUGCUUUGGGGCAAGAAAUAGUACUAGUGGUCCUUGUAAGUGUUGUUGUACCGCAUGAUUUUGAUUUUUUUUUUUAAAUGAAAGCCUACCUAGGAUCUGAACUUUAAACUUGAUUUAUUCGAAACUUUAAAUAGUCCGCUUACAUCCCUUUGCUUCUCACUGCCUCAAAUGUAAAUAUUAUGUUAAAAGAAAUGCUGCAUUUAUAGAAUUGUAAUUUUAUUUUCAACAUCAUUUUGUCAUAAUUUCUGAAAUAAAAGAAACUAUUAUAUUGACAUAGACUUUCAAACGAAAUGUCAUUGUCUAAUAUAAUUUACUUGUUGUGCAGCUUUUCUUAAGUAUAUAAAGUUUUUAAUUUGUUAAAGUAUCUUUAAUAACUAAUGCACACAUAGCUAGCAGCUGUGUUAUAUUUUAGCUUUUGAAAGUGUUGUGUUAGAUAUAUAAUAUAUAUAAAACAAAAUGUUAUUAAAAAUAGUGUAAAAUUACAAAAAAUAAAAAUAACAGAUACAUUCUUAACUAUGUGCUUGAACAAUAUUGUAAAAUUCAUAAUUUAAUACCCUAAGCAUCCAUGGGCAUUAUGGUAUAGUUGCAUUAAAUAUUGAAAAGGUAAUAUGCAUGGUAACGGUCCUUUUAGAAGAUGUGGUUUGAAAAAUAGAAAGUAGAAAUAACUUACCAUCACGAUUAAACAGCUUAAAAAAUUAACACUAUUAGUGUGCAUUAGUGUGUUCAAAAAUGUUUUGAUGAAUAGUGCUCUUUUAAAAAUACCAUGCAAUUUGUGACAAUUAAUCAUUUAAAUAUAUAUAUAUAUAUAUAUAAUGUUUAUCCCAGUUGUAAUGUCUUGUUGAGAUUUUGUUUAAAGGCUAUGUUGAAAAUGGAAGUAUGUUAAACAUUCCAUUACAUAGAUUUUAACCCUGAUCCUCCUUCUAUUGGUUAAAGUUACUACAAAGAAUCUUUAAGUUAAGGAACAUUUCAUUCUAUGUCUACCGCAUGUGUCCGUUUGAGUUAAAAUUUAAUAAUUUUAUGCCCCCUUCAUUGCAUGUUCCAGGUUAAGUGCUUCAAACUUUAAUCACAUUUAUGUUGAAUGGAUGAUAUAUCUUAAAUUUUUUGGCUUGUUUAUAAGCACUUCAGUUUUGGGGGAAAAGCUAUACUUAACAUUUAAUAAGUAUAGAAGAUGUUUAAAAAAAAAAAAAACUCUAACUGUAUCGUACUAUCUUUUCAAAUUAGUUUUAUGAAUUAUUGUUUGAAGUUCUCAUAUGAUCCUAAUAGUACAGAUAUUUUAUAGUAUUUAAUCUUUUUAAAGUAUCAUGUGAUGUGUUCAUAAUUUUAACUGCCGUGUUUUAUUUUUAAUUUUUGGUACUAAAAAUGCAAAUGCAUUUUACUAUCAAGUUUUUCAGUUCGAUUUUUUUUUUCAACAUCACUGAAAAACUUGUAUAAUUUUCAUACUUGAAAUUCACAAACGCCUAAAGCUUUUGAAAUAGUAUUUAAAAGUAUGUUAAUUUGUUCCUUGAAAAUGUAUGUAUUCAAUAUUUUAUCUCUGAAUUACAAAUUUUAAAUGAGUUAACCCAUCUUUUGCAUAUGCAUACAAUUUAAGAAGUUAGUACUCAUAACAUAUUUUCUGUUCCAUUUGAUUUGCACUGCUUUGAAAUAUGAACAGUAUAUUAAUAAAUUGGGGAUUGAAACUUAGGAUUAAAUUAUUAGAAAUAUUACUUUGCACAAUAAUAUUAUACAUAUAUAGAUGCUGAAAAAUUGCUACAAAUUGAUUGUGUAAACACUUGUACUGUCUAGAAUUAUUUCUGUGAUAAACAUAAAAUUACAACACAUAAAUAUAAACAUUCCAGAGUAAAUUAUUUGAUUAGUGAAACCAAAAAUUGUAACAUUUUGAUUUUAAUGGUACUAACAUAAGCUGCUAAUAAAUAUCUUUAUUAGUAAAAGUUGAAAUGUUUCUGAUUAAAAAGAAGAAAAGAUAGUAUUAGAACAUGUUCCUAAAAAUGGGAAGGGGAAAAAAUUAAAAGUUUUUUUCCCCUUUGAUACCAUAUAAAUGCAAUUUUUGCUAUUUUAUUAUGUAGUAAAGAAAAACGAAAUUAUAAUAAUAAUAAAAGAAACAUAAUAAACUUAUGUUCCAGAUGAAAUUGCAUUUCGAUAAACAUAUUUUGUCAGGAUUGGUUAAUUAUUCACUAAAGGGGUCAAUUUUCCACACUAAUGAAAUUUUGUAACUUUUAAGUAAUUUUAUUAUUUACACUAGAUGUUCAAUUAUUGCAAAAACAGCAAUAUUUCAAAAAUUAAAUCAUAUCCAUUCUGCAAUAUCUUAGCAUUUGAUCAAUGUUUCCAACAUCAAAUAAAAGUGAGUUUCUAAAUUAUGAAUUCGUUUUUUUUUUCAAAUUAUUGAAAAAUGUUGAAAAAAAAAAUGACAAAACAUAUAUAUAAGUUUAUGCUAACAAAAGAUUCAGUCUUAAUUUUAUCAAAUUUAGGUGUUCUGAAAAAAAAAAAAAAAAACUGUAAAACUAAGUUACUCCAACAAUGAACAAAUAUAGAAAAAUAAAUAAUUAAUUAAAAAAUAUAUGCAAAUAAAUGAAUUAAAAUUUCAAUGACUGACCAUUUAAAAAUAGAACAGCACUAAUAUUUAUUGUUGUUUGCAUAUACAUUGUACUAAGAGAAUUUUCUUUUCUGCUUGUGUAUUUAGUAGUUUUUAGCUUGCGUAGUUUAAUAGUUAAAGGCUUGCAAAUGUUUUGCAAGACAUUAUCCUCCUUUGCAAGAUGUAGUCUUCUCAUAGUUCUUAUGAAUAAAUAAGUUUUGCUGCUGAGAGGCCUGAGUGAACUCUCAGAUUUUUUUUUCUCAACCUUAGUUUUGUUACUAAUCCCAGAUCUCCAUUAAACAAAAAUCUCCAAAAGAAAUCCAAAAAUAAAUUUGGGUAUCUUAAAAUCUUAGGAACUAACCUAAAUUUUACUCUGUAUAUUUCCUUGUUAGGACUACUUGUUGAUAAGAGUCAUAGAGUAUUAAAUUAACUUUUGUGGUACAAUUUCAUUUCUUAAAGAUAAUUAAAGGCUGGCCAAAAUGUGAAGUUUUGCAUUAAAGAAUAAGAUGAUGCAAUUCCCGUCAAUAAAAACCUGCACAGAAGGAAAAAUACUAAAUCUUUGUGCAAGUAGACUUCUACUUUAAUGAAAUGUUGUGAUACUCAAAAUUUAUUACAUUUAUAUAAUGCAACUGAAAAAACAGAAGCACUCGCCAAAAAUGUUAUCCUGCUUAUAUUAAAUCUCAUAUAUUUUAAUUUUACAGGUACAUUAAACAUUUUCAAUUAAAAAAAAGUACAGUACAUAAUUUGUAUCCCACCUGAUAGUUCUCUUUUUUGUUUGUCGCAUUUCAAUUCCUUUGAUAUUAGCAUUUGAAAAGCCCAAAGCAAAGUGCUUUAAAUUAAGGACAAUGCAAUGCAUCUGGAACAUGUCUCUAAAUUGUUUAAAUGUUUUGCAGUGGAUGGUAAAGUUAAGUGUAAGACAAAACUCCUGUAUUAAUGGUUCUACUUUUAUAUGUUGAAGAUUAUUUUUUCCAGAUUAUAGUUUGGAAGAAUAUUCCUGUAAAUUGUAAAUAUGAACAUAGGUCCAUUUUUUUCUUCAAAAAGGGAAAAUGGUUCUUGCGGUUUGGUGUGUAAAGAUGUCAGUAUUGUUCCAAUUAUCUAAUUGUGUAUUAUUUAAUAAAUGUUAAUAAAUGAAGUUUCUUGCUGA